AUGAAUCACUCCCUCGUGUCGAGGUUCAGAAAGAAACUAAAAAGCCUUCCUGUUGCAGAUUACUAUGGCCUUAAGAGUCCAGGUCUUACAUGUUACCUGAACAGCGUGCUUCAGGUGCUUUUCAUGACAGAAAACUUUCGCGACGCUUUGAAAAGCAGUCCAGAUCACCAGCGUGCCAGAAAAGACUCACCAAUCAUUGACUCAGAGCUGAGAAAGCUGUUUGAUGAUUUACAGAAACAAUUGGCCGAAACACGUAACAUCACAGAGAAGCUGGGCAUCACAGAUGUAUUUGAACAACGUGAUGCUGCUGAAUAUUUUGAGAAGAUUUUGUGUAUGACGAGCCAGGACGCUUCCAAGAUCUUUAAAGGAGAGCUGAAUCACAGGACAACAUGCUGUAAGUGCGACAUGAAGAACGAUUCCAGGAGCUUCUUUUGGAUUCUGCCACUAAUGGUGGAAUAUUCAAGAUAUAAAACCUACAAUGUGGAGCAAGGACUCGAAGCUUUCUUUGAGUUACAACAAGUAUCUGGUGAUGACCAGAUAUACUGCAGCCGCUGUGAUGAAAAGCAAAAUGCAAACAUUAAAUGGGAGAUAACACAACAUCCAGAUGUUCUGACCCUCCUGCUAAAGAGAUUUACCUUUGACUACAAGCUGAGGCGCUACGUCAAGCUUCACUGCAAAGCUGAUGUGCCUCAAACUUUACACAUGGAGAAAUGUACUUAUGAGCUCUACGCUGUGGUUAACCACUUUGGCAGUCUCACAGGAGGACACUACACCGCAGAAAUCAAAUCAUAUGAAAAUGGGCAGUGGUACUGCUUCAAUGAUGGACGUGUUGAAAGUGUCAAACUAUUUUUUGCUAAAGAAAACCCACUGAGGUCUUCUACAGCUUACAUCCUCCUGUACAGGAAAGUGAGCAAAGAAGCUCCAAAGACUGAUGGAAGUGACCACGACGCUCAGUGUGCACAUUCAGACAUCAAGGCUGAAGGAAGGAGUCAUGAGACACACAGAGGGGACACUGCUUUUCCUCAUUAUCAACCAGAGAGAUAUGAUGACAAAGGGAAGGACAUUUUAAAGGGCUACAAUGCGGUCCCCAACCCCUGGUCCACAGACCGGUACUGGUCCAUGAGUAGUUUGGUACCAGUCCGCGAGAGUUGA